AUGGAGCCCACUCACUUGAUAAAACACUCAUCUGAAGAGCUCGCGAUGCCAGCAGGACAUCUGGUUCACACGUUAGCUUCGGACACACAAGCACUGGCAGGAGUAACAUCUUCGCUUAUACUUCAACUUCUGGAUGCCUUCUUAAGAAUUUCCUCAUCCGGCCAGGACCAGCCACUACCCGCCGACGCCGACGCCUUCGACGACACCUCGGGCAAGGGCAAGAAGCGCCGCCUUCCAGGCGAUACGCCUGACGACGCCACCGCCUCACGCCUUCCACCUGGCAGCUUUCUAGCUCUGCCUGCGAUUAGUAGAAUGAGAAGUACGGCGUUCUAGUGCAUGCGUGAUUGUAUUAAGAAUUUAAAUUCUCUGAGUCUGAAAGGAAGUACUGCACUAGCUAGUGUGAGAAAAUGGCUGCUAGUGAUUCCACUGGUGAUGACUCGUUGUAUCCCAUUGCUGUUCUCAUUGACGAAUUGAAGAAUGAGGAUGUUCAGUUACGACUGAAUUCCAUCAAAAAGUUAUCUACUAUUGCUUUGGCUUUGGGAGUGGAGAGAACAAGGAGCGAGUUAAUCCCAUUUUUAACAGAAACUAUCUACGAUGAGGAUGAGGUUUUACUGGCGCUUGCUGAACAAUUUGGAAAUUUCACCCCAUUGGUUGGAGGUCCAGAACAUGUACAUUGUCUUCUGCUUCCGCUGGAGCAGUUGGCAACUGUUGAAGAAACCGUUGUGCGAGACAAAGCUGUCGAAUCAUUGCGUGCUGUAGCUGCACAGCAUAGCCCAAAUGAUUUGGAGACCUAUUUUGUGCCACUUGUGCAGCGAUUGGCUUCUGGGGAUUGGUUUACAUCUCGUACAUCAGCUUGUGGCCUUUUCAGCGUGUGCUAUCCUCGUGUAAACCCAGCUCUGAAAGGCGAUUUGAGAGUGCAUUUUCGCAAUCUGUGCCAGGAUGACACCCCAAUGGUUCGUCGUGCUGCUGCUGGAAAGUUGGGAGAAUUUGCUAAAGUGGUUGAAGUUGAAUAUCUGAAAACUGAUCUCAUUCCUAUGUUUGUGAAUUUGGCACAGGAUGAACAGGACUCAGUUCGUCUUUUGGCUGUGGAAGCAUGUGUAAGCAUAGCAUCACUGCUUCAGCAAGAUGAUGUUGAGCAGUUAGUAAUGCCAACAUUGCGACAGUGUGCUGGUGAUACUUCAUGGAGAGUACGAUAUAUGGUUGCUGAAAAGUUUACUGAGCUCCAAAAAUCGGUGGGUACUGAGAUCACUAAAUCAGAUCUAGUACCAGCAUUUCAAUUGCUCUUGAAGGACACUGAGGCAGAAGUUCGAGCAGCAGCGGCCCACAAAGUUAGAGAUUUCUGUCAAAAUUUGGAUGCUUAUCAACAAGAACAAAUAAUUAUGAAUAAUAUUCUACCUUACGUCAAAGAUUUGGUUUCUGACCCUAAUCAGCAUGUGAAAUCAGCUUUGGCGUCUGUAAUAAUGGGACUCAGUCCCAUUUUGGGGAAACACAACACUAUUGAACAUCUGUUGCCAUUAUUUCUUUUGCAAUUAAAGGAUGAAUGUCCAGAAGUGAGAUUGAAUAUUAUAUCGAAUUUAGACUGUGUAAAUGAAGUUAUUGGCAUUCAGCAGCUUUCUCAGUCGCUUCUUCCAGCCAUUGUAGAGCUGGCCGAAGAUUCCAAAUGGCGUGUGCGAUUAGCAAUUAUUGAGUAUAUGCCUUUGCUUGCGGGACAGUUAGGUGUUGAAUUUUUUGAUGAGAAACUUAAUACGUUGUGUAUGACAUGGCUUGUCGAUCAUGUUUAUGCUAUUAGAGAGGCUGCAACAUUAAAUUUGAAGAAAUUGGUUGAAAAGUUUGGACCUGAUUGGGCUCAAAAUACAGUUAUACCUAAAGUUUUGGCAAUGUCUCGUGACCAAAAUUAUCUUCACAGAAUGACAUGUUUAUUUUGCAUUAAUGUUCUUGCUGAUGCUUGUGGACCAGAAAUCACCGUUAAACUGAUGCUGCCUACUGUCCUUACAAUGGCAACUGAUAAUGUAGCUAAUGUAAGGUUUAACGUGGCUAAGACCCUCUUGAAGAUUGGCCCUGUUCUGGAUCCCUCUUGUAUCCAGUCCCAGGUAAAGCCAGUUUUGGAUAAGCUCCAUGUGGAUAGCGACGUCGAUGUUAAGUAUUUUGCUUCAGAAGCCAUUGCUGGAAUAGCAGGCUGAAAGUUGAGUUGAAAGCAAUCAACAUUCUGUGUACAGGAGACUUCAUGAAAAUGGGGUUCCUGGUUGCUGACCACUUCUCACCUCUUUGGGUAUUUUUAAGUUAUAAAUUGUUUCCUACGAACAACAUAAUGGUCAUGUAAGCAUUUAAAAAACUAAUUUAAGAAAAGAUUGAUUUUCUUAACUACAAAUAAACUUAUACUAUCAUAAAAUUUGAUUUUGUAAGUUGACUUUGUUAAAAGUUUUUGAACUUUAUAAGAUCUUAGUAUUAUGUUUAAUUUUUUGGCAUAGAAAGGUUCAAAAGGUGUCUACUUCACUGAAAUUUUAUGAAAAGUUUAUUUGUAGAUUCUGCAAUUAUAAAACAAGAAUAACAUGCUAGUAAACAAAAAAUCACCAUUGCUAGUAAAAUGCAUUAGAUAGAAUGUUGCAGCACAACAUAUUUCUUUUUAAGUGUAUGCUCAGUGUAUGUCAGGUAUUGACAGUGCAUUUAAGAUGCACUGCUGUUGUGAUUUAACACGCAUGUGCUCAACAUUGUUCAUUUAAAUUGAGAAAUGAGUAUCUCUGAAGUGUAAAUAGGUACAUAAAGUUGUUAAAAAACAUUGAAGCGUAUUGCCCCUGCACUUGGGCCCAAUAUGAAAUUAAUUGAAAGCUAUUUGAACUGAAACAGCAAAAAUCAACAAAAUACCAAGUUAGUGUUGACAUAUCCUUGAAACAUUGUUCAAUGUAUGUCUUUCCUGAAUGACCUAUAUUCAGUGUAUGAACAGCAAAUCGUGACCCCCCCGAUGGGUAUAGUACAUCAAUUUCACUCUGGGACAUACAAAUUCGUAAUUAUUUAUUUUCACUUGGUACAUAAAUAGAAAAAAUAGGACUUGUGAAAUAAUUCUUCAGAAUCGUGCUGUUAGUAAGUACAAUAAUAUAAUUUCUGAAAUAGGAAAGUAUCAACUUGGAACAAAAGAUAUUGCAUUGUUGUUGGGAGAUAUUUUAUCCUAUUGGACUGUUUAGUACAUCUUGUAAGUUUCUUGUAAUCAUUUUUUCUUCUUAUAAAAGUUUAAAAAUGACUUUCAUCUUUGAGUUGCAAAGCUUUAUUUUUCUUCAUAUUUUCCCAGAGUAUGGUUAAGAAAUCACCAGUUUUGACAAGGCCAAUUAAAGGUCUCUUAAACAUCUUCAAAAAAUGUUGCACUUUUCAGAAAUUGAGUAACCCAGUUCCAAAUUUAAGCGUCAUGAAAUUUUCUAUUGGGUUUAGUUCAUCCAGUUUUCUUUGGGUGUUAUUUACCCAUCAGUGAAUUUCAAACGUUUACAGUACAACUUGCAUAUAAUAUACAUUCUUACAUAUGAAAUCUGCUUUAACUAUAUCUGUAUACUGGUUUAAGCAUUGUGUAAUAAAUUGUCAAUAUGUCUAGACCAAUUUUGCUACUUGAUUUAGAAUUUUGAAGUAAAGUGAAUACAUUUUACACACUAUUGACUUUUCCCUUGACUACUAUCCUAAACCAUUUAAUUUUUCGAAUCAUCAUUUGCCUUCAUGUUCCAGUACUUGAACUUUCAAGUCAAUGAUAUUAAUAUUUUUCUAAGGUGGGUAAUGGUGGCUGAAAUUGAAUACAAGGAUGAAUUCAUAAAUCAUUAAAUGCAUGCUGAAUUCUUUCACUGCCAGUGCAAUAUUGAUUUCAAAAGAAUCUUCUGUAAAAGUUCACAAAAUAUUAAAUUUCUGUAUUUAUUGCCAUAAAACAUGCCCUUUUUUUCACGCCCAAAUUCUGAAAUUCUUGCUGUAUGUUGUAUACACUAACAUAAUUUUUUUUUUUUUUUUUAAUUUUUUGAGCUUGAACUACAAUAUUUUUGUGUGAUGAACAUCAAUGAUGGUUAUUGUUAAUCACCAGUAUUAGCAGAUUUUAUAGCAUGUCUUGUCACUUGAGUAAAUUGAGAAGCUCCCACAAAAUCAAGUACCAUAAGUUAGGUAGUGUGUGUUGGGAUAUAUGCUUCCUUAAAAUAUCCCUUGUGUAAUCAAAACAAUUUUCAAAAUAAUAUUAAUUUUGUUUGAUUUAUGUCUUUAAAAAUGGAAGGGGGGGGAUACAUCAAUGAAUACUGUUAAUUGUUGGCAAGUUGCUUGCAAUGUAGUAGUUGGGAAUUAUUUUUAUUCACUUACUUUUCUCUAAGGUUCUAAAUUCCAAUCUUCAGAAUGUCUGAAAAUAUUCAUUUAAUUUUUCUUCAUUAUUUUGAAAAUUUUGUUUUGUGUUACAUUAUUAGGAAUUUAAUUUCAUGAAGUGCUGAUGUUUCUAAUUAGGAUAUUGAUCUGUUCAUCAUGACAUCCUUGUUUUAUGUCGAUAUGGAAAUAAAUGGCAAAUCCCUAGGGCGUUAUCAUAAUAUUGUUGAGAGAGUUUUUUCGUACCAUUGUCUUGGAAAUUUCAAGUUCAGUUCGUGAAAAAUGUUUGCUUGCUAUUUGAAUUGAAUGUCUAAGAGUUAUUUGGAAAACUGUUGAAUUCCAAAUAUUGAGUAAUGAUGUAAUUGUUUCAUUUUUAUAGAUUAAUAUUAAUUGUUAGAUAGACAUGUUCAGAACAGAGCAUGAGCAACAUUUUUAUUAUAAUUGAAAGAAGUCUCCAGCUUUUCUUUCCUCCUUUUUUCUUUAUUUUUUUUUCUCUGGUUAAAGGACGUAAUUGUAUGGUAAAAAUGUUGCAGUGUGUACAUUUUGAUUUGGGUUCCUCCACUCCCUUAUGAUAUAUAAAAUUUUCUUAGGAAGUCAGAGUCAUCUGAAGUUCAAUACCGUAUGCUUUGAUACUGGGAACAAAAAUAACCUCAAAGCUGUGUUGUUUGCUGUGCUGUCCUUGUAUUACCUCUAGGAAAAGAUUGCAACUUCUAAAUAAAAAGCAAAAGAUAACAGUAAUGAAGUACAUUUUUAAGUGUUAAUUAUUUUGGUGUUCACAAAAUAUUCUGAUUUAUACUUAUAAAUCUACAAUUCCUUAAGUAUUGUUACAGUAUGUCUUUGUUUUCAGUUGCAUGUUUGAGGUAAUUGUAACUCAUUUCUCAAAUUUUGUACUCCUUCAUUCCUUAUAUCAUUUCUCAAAGCACAAAUAUUAAGGAAGUAUUUUUCUUGAGCUCUGUAAUAAUUACAAAGUCUUAUUUUGCUUCAGGUAUUAUUUAAGAUUAUUCUGUAAUGUGAUUGUCAGAAUGUUGUGUGAUAAUAAAAUAGCAUGAAGAUUUUGC